AUGAUUCAACCGGGAAAGUGGCCAUCGCCUGGCAAAAGGACCUCCGAAGUGAGUGGUACCAAAAAGAGGACUAAUCAACCAAGUCUCCUUAGAGCCGCCAUGCUAUCAACUUUUUGGGAAUACACGGAGCGAACCAAAGUGAGCGGCAUUUGGCUGAUGCGCCGGAAUCGCACUCAUGGCUUAUCCAGAUUUAUUUGGUCAUCGGUUCUGCUGCAACUACUCCUUUUGAGCAUCUACCUUACCUUGUUGUUGUGGCUAAAGUUCUACUCGUAUCCCAUCCUAAACACCAUUUCCAAUGACCUUUCAAUUACGGAUGUUGCUUUUCCGGGUGUUACUAUUUGCAGUCCAAAGGUGGUUAAUUCGGAGAGGGUCGAUCGUUUUGUGAAAACCCUACAAAUUCCCAGGGAAUACGAUAUUGCAGAGGUGAUUGCCGGGUUUGAUUUCCUCAAUGCCUUUACGGAUCAAAGUUUUGUGCCUCCAAGUCACGAUAGUUUCAAGGCUACAGAUGCAGUUCUCCGGUUAAACAACGUGACCACUUGGGAAGCAGCCAUGGCAGUCAGUCCAGGAUGCUCGGAUUACGUUAAACGAUGCUUUUGGGGACACACAGAGUUCCAGUGCAACCAGAGCCACGAGUAUUUGUCCUUCAUUCCAACAACUGCAUAUUUGGGUCCUUGCUGUUCCUUCAACUACAAUCCCCGGAAUUCCAGUUUUGUUCCCUUCUCAGCAAAUAUUUUUGGCAUGGAUGGGGGUUUGACUUUCGUUGGUGCGGAGGGCAGUGAAAGGAACCUAAAUACUGGUCUUAUUGUCCUUGUUCACCAUCCAAUGGAUUAUGUAACAGAGUCGGCUGCCUCGGUCACAAUUACAGCGAGAUCCGAGAGUUUCGUGGAGGUUUCGCCGACUGUGCAGAGUUCUUCGGUGGAUGUCUUGGAGCUUUCGGAAAGGAAGAGGGACUGCCUCAUUUCGGAUGACCUUCAGCUUAGGAGCUAUCGCCAAGCUGCCUGUUUGCUUGCUUGUCAAACGGAGGCCAUCGUCCAGAAGUGCGGAUGUCAUCCAUAUCUUCUGCCCAUCGUGGGGAAUAAUUUUAAGGAGUGCAACCUCAAUGACACCUUCUGCUACUCGGCUAACUAUGAUAAUUUUAAGAGCGUUCGAUGUGAUCAAUGCCUACCAAACUGCUACGAUGUUACCUACUCCACGCUCUCCUACAGAACGGAUCUCAACCAGCAUCAGUACUCUGUUAACCCAUUCUACUCAAGGGAGCUGCUUAACAACGAUAGCUUUGUGCUUCGGGUUUACUUGGCCAAGCAAGUUGUUCCAGUUAUUCGGAAAGUUACCGUUAUGUCAUGGAUAGGACUGCUAUCGGAUUUGGGUGGCAUCUUUAAUCUCUGCCUGGGACUAAGCAUGAUUUCCGUUGUGGAAUUUUUUUACUACUGCACUUAUCGCUUGUAUAUUCAUUAUCAACUUCAGAAGGCACAGCAGCCUAGGAAGGCUUGGCAAUAG